AUGGCCUUUCUAACAUACACCUCGGAGGUAUUCCCCCACAAUUCAACGCACCGUCUCAAGAUCCUCGAGAGAACCGCUGGGAAGACUGUUAUUGUUAGGUACUUCGGUUUCGACGCCAAGACGCUCGUGUCGCCUCCUUCGAUCCUGGCCGAGAUCAAGACGCUGACGUCGAGCUAUGAGCCGUCGCCGCACAUCGAUGGCCUCCCCGGGCGCCGUAGCAAAGCUGACCAGUGGAGCAUUAGGCCAAUGAACACCUGCAUCCCCCCCUCCCCACGUGCUAUAUAUAGGUCGUCGCGGCUUUGUGGUCGUGGAGGUCGUGUUCCUUAUCCAGGGUUCCUAUCCUGGGAUGAAGAGAAAGCACACGUCGACAUCCACAAGGAACUCACAACUAUUGCCGAACUUAACCUCGAAGGAGAAGAACAGAAGGGAGGAGAAAGGUUGAUCCAGUAUGCUACAGAGAAUCUGGUCGCAGAGGUGUUGAUCCACCCCCAAGUCAACACUCUGCAACAGUGCCUCAAGAACCUCCUCUCUUCAUUCACCAAACACAGACACAUCAUCCAUGCCGGAUAUGCCUUCGCUGGAUCAGGAUCACAGGACGGGACUUUCUCGGUGGCUGACCUUAUCGCCGCCUUCAGCGAGUAUGAAGUCCAACGAGUCCUUCACGCCUACGAGAACUGCAUCACCAUUGACAUUCACUGCGCCCCAGAAGGUCACUGGUCGACCAGCUACCUUGCCAAGGAAUCUUUUAGCAAACUAUGCCGAGUGACAGUCAACCCUGACGACAAGAUCGAGACCACCCCCGGGAUCUCGACUUUCGUCCAGUACCUGUCACAGUUCCUUCUCUCCACACCAAUCGAGGAGCUCCUUGAACCAUCAGACAUUGUGGGAAACAUUCGGUUCUCUCGUCCCACUCUGUACGUGUUCCCUGGUGGACAAGGUGACUCUGCUCUCUUCGGUGUCAAUGGCUUCAACAUGCUCGUGGAUGGUGGUUAUAAUUACAAAGCCUGUUUCUGGGAUUUCACAAGGCAUCUGGAUCGCCUGGAUGCCGUCCUUGUCACAAGACUCAACAGCUCGAAUCUCAUGGGUAUUACUAAUGUUGUUCGUAGAAAAGCUCUUAGUUCAGUGUAUCCACAGAUUGGACAUAUUUUCUGUAAUGUUGCUGGUAAUAUCAAAUCUCCCGAUGGUGACAAAGACAGAGACCCACUGCUUAUUAAUCUCUGGGAUGAAGGACACAUUAUGCGUGAAAAUCUCAGACAAAUUAGUUUGAAACCACAUUUGUGUUUCCGUGAUAAUGCAAUGGAACCAAUUAAUUUGUAUCACAAAGUAGGACAUGGCAAAUUAGACAUGUAUGUGAUAAAUCCCUCUAGAGACAGUAAGGAAGUUCGAGAGUUUAUGCAGAGGUGGAACAAUGAAGUGAUCGCAUCUGACAUGGGUUUAAGUACCUACAAAAUCGGUGAUAAAGUCUUUCCUUGUCCACUCACAAAUGUUACCUCCAUAUGUGCCCUCCUAAUAUGGCAGCCUAAUGACCCCACAGACACAAUUACCAGAAUUCUCUUCCCCGGAAGUACUCCACAACACAAGAUCUUUGAAGGCUUAGAAAGAUUAAAGAAUUUAGAGUAUCUGAAACACACAACUUGUUCAGCAAAGUCUAUCAAGGCCGCUAUAGAAGAGCGGAAGGGUAUCAAAACUGAGGAAAGAAUUAAGAGUGAAGACAAAUUAUUAGCAGCAGACAUUAAACCUAGCAAAGCAGUCAGUCCAUCCCCUCCCACACACCGAAUCAAGAGAGAAAGAGGAGACCGCUCCAUCAGCAGGGAAGAAAGGAGAAGAAUCAAGCUAGAACGAUCUGAGCGACAAGAAAAGGUGUUGCGAGAAGCCAGAAAGGAGAAGAAAGUGGAAAGAAAGAUCGAAAAGAAAGUCAUCAAGAAAGAAGAACGGAAGGAAAAGAAGGAGGAGAAGAAGGAAGAAAAGGCUGCAACCGAACUAGAAGAAACGAAAGAGAAGACCGAAGGCAUCACCAUUGAGUCUUUAGCAGCGAUAGACGAGGCUAAGGUCAGCGAAGUCAAAUUAACGACACAAGAAAUCACCGAAACUGUUACAGGUGUUUCAGUAACCAAAGAAGCAAUUAGUGCAGUUACCGACUCAAUAGAAACAGUUACAAAGAAGGAUGUAGUUGAUGCAGCUGAACAAAGAGAAAUCACGACGCAAGCUGUAGAAGUCACAACUGCUGUAACCGACUUGAAGUCUAGAAUAGAAACUACAGGAAUUACCGAAAUUAAGGAUAUACAUGAAAUAGAACCUUUAGAUGUUAAGGAAGCCUCUCUCGUCUCAGCGGAGUCUGGUGUGGUGACAGGCGAAGAAAGAGAAUCCUCUUUAGAAAUUGAAACCCUAAAAGAAAUAAAACCAAAAGAAAAACCAAAGGAGAAGAAAAUCAAGGAGACAGGGACCCCUGAGAAACCCAAAAGGUAUCGCAAACCCAAAGUUGAAUCCCAGAGGAAGGUAAAGGAGAGGAAGAGUCUGGAAAGAAAAGAAAGAAAAGAACGUAAAACAGACGAAGAAAAGCAGGAGGAAGGAGAUGUAGAGAAGAAACCAGAGAGAAGAAUAAGAAAGAUUAAGAGACCUGAGCACAAAGUUGAAGAUGCAACCACUCCCAAGAAACCCUCUACACCAGAGCUAAAGAAACGCCCAAGAAAAUUAAUACCAACUGAAAAGAAGGAGGUUAAUGGAGAAAUAAAGCAGGUUAAACCAACAGUUCCUAGAGUACCAAGAGAAAGAAAGGUAAUCUCGAAAACUACGACUACAACUGCACGAGAAAUUACGCACAAGAAACUAGUAGAUGACAAGAACAGAGCAGCAAAGGCUGCCGAGGCCGCUAGAAAAGAACUGAAGCCAUCGCCCAAGCCAACGACAGCACCUCGGACUGUCGCAAGAAAAGCUCCUGUCGGCAAAGCACCGAAGGCGAAGAAGAUCGAGAAGCCCCCUGCACCAAAAACUGAGGGACCAAUUAAGAGAGUUAUUACAGGUGCAGCUGUGAAGGCGGGUGUAGUAGCUGCAGCCGUCUCGGGCGUUGCUGUUGUGGAAGCAGCAGCAGACCGAGAAGAUGUAGAUGAGAUUGUUGCACCCAUGAAAGAGACAGAUAACCUCAUGAUUGCCCCUGACCAAGAUGAAGAGGAUCGAAUCUCCGAUAUUGCCAAUAUUCCAGGAGUACAAGAGAUCAAACUAGAUGAAGACACUCUACAAAUUAUUGACAAGCAACAGCUAGAGGAAGAAGAAAAAGACUCCUUGAUACUUCACGAGGAAGGUGUGGUUGAACAUGUUGAAAAGGAAGACAUAAAGGAGAAACAUGAAGCAGAAGAUAUCUAUGAAAAAAUUGAGACUGAAGACCGAGAUGUUUAUGCAACUCUACCAAGCAGCGCAAAGCUCACAGAAUACAAAGAAAAAUACGAAGAAAAACCAAUCCGCGGUCUUUUUACUGGUUUCGCCAUGCCUUCCGCUGAACCACAAGAAGCUCCCCAGAAAGCGCCAAGCCCGAAGCCCAAAGAGGAAGUCGUUGUACCAACUUCCCUACCAGAGGCAAUAUUCAAACCAACUGCGCCACCUGUUCAUCCACGCGAGAUCAUAAAAACACCAGAUGAAGUGGACGAUCUACCCAUACAUGAAGAAGUCGAGUCCAUUGAACAUGAUAUUUAUGAAGAGGAUAUUGAAAUGGAAAAACCAGCUGAACAAGAACUUGAAGCAGGUUCUCCACUCCUUGAAGUAAAGGGAGAGUUACAGAUUAAAGAGGAAGUCUCAAAAUCUAUUGAAGACUUUGAAGCAAAAUACGCAGAGUUCAAAGCGACUGCUGUGUCUGAAGUCAUCCAGAGAGGAGAAGUCGUUACUGAAACAAAAGAAAUAAAGAAAAAAGUGGACAAAGUAGAACUACUGAAGGACAUUGCGCAGACCCUCGAAGAAAGAGAAGAAAAGCCAAUUAUGAUAGGAAAGGAAUCUUCGCCGGAGGUUUCUGAAGAAAUCGAGAUGCCUGUCGUCAAAGACAAAAAACCUGUCAAAGCAGUGACACCUUAUGAGGAACUUGACUUCGAGAAAAUCCCAGAAAAGGAAAGGAGAGUGGAAGACGAAAAAGAUAUCGAUGAACUUGAAUUUGAGAGUAGAGAAAUCUUGGAUGUAAAGGAGAAGGAAAUUACCGAAAUGAUGGAGAAAGAUGAAGUGAGAAAAAGAGUGGAGAAAGAGGAAAUUAUUACUACUGAUGAAGUCGUAACUGAACUUGACAAGAAAGAAGCUGACAAAGCUAAGAAACUGAUCACCGAAGAACUUGUCGAAAGGGAAGAGUUCAUAACAGAAGAGAGCAAAGAAUUUAUAGACAAAGACAUUAUUGCCAAACAAGUCGUAGAGGAAAAGGUUGUAAAAGAUUUUCCAAAGAAGGAAUUGGAAGAACAAAAGAUCACAAAGGAAGAAGUUGAUGAAAUCACCAAGGAACAAGCUCUGAGGAAAGAUAUUCAAAUCACAGAGAAAGAAUUUGAAGAAGUUCAAAAGGAAGUUGAAGAAAAGAUCACAAAGGAAGAAGUUUCAGUAAAAGAAGAAAUUAUCACAAAGAAGGAAGUUGAAGAAAAGAUCACAAAGGAGGAAGUUCCCAAGAAAGAAGUUGAAGAAAAGAUCACAAAGGAGGAAGUUCCCAAGAAAGAAGUUGAGGAAAAGAUCACAAAGGAGGAAGUUCCCAAGAAAGAAGUUGAGGAAAAGAUCACAAAGGAGGAAGUUGAAGAAAAGAUCACAAAGGAAGAAAUUAAAGAGGAAACGAUCACGAAAGAAGAAAUUCUAAUGAAAGAAGUGGAAGAGGAAAAGGUCACCAAAGAAGUUGUGCAGAAAGCCACUGCAGGAGAAAUCGUUUCUGAAGAAGUCUUUAAAGAAAUCUUGAAGAAGGAAGAGAAAGUAGUUACAGAAACCGUAGAAGAAGAAAUUACAAAGGAGGAAAUUUCUGUGAAAGAAACCGUCUCAAAGACUGUGGAAGAGGAGACGAAGCUCUCAAAGAAGGGAGUUGUCGAGGAAGAAAAAAUUUCAAAGGAAGAAAUAUCCAUAAAGGAAAUUGUUGAAAAAGAGAGGAUUUCAAAGGAGGUCACAGAGGAAGAAAAAAUCUCAAAGGUCGAAAUUACCGAAGAAAAAGCUACAACAGAAGACAUUUCAUGGGCGCAAGAAAAAAUAGAUUUUGCAAAAGAAAAGGCGAUAUCUGAUACAGAAAUUGUGGAAGACCUAACAAAAGAGGAAACAGCCAAACAAGAGAUGUUGAGGAAAGAAGAAAAGGAAGUACAAGAGAUUGUGAAAGCAACGACCACAAAGGAAGAAGUAUCAAAGACGGAGAGUAUAGAGGAAAUAGUUACCAAGGAAGAAGUGUCAAAAGCAAUGACCGUAACUGUUGAGACGGUGGCAAAGGAGGGAAUUCCUAAGGAGAAAACAGUAGAAGAGAAGUUGAUAACGGAUGAAGUUACGAAAGAAAUUCCUAAGAAGGAUGGAAAGAUUGAGAAGGAAGACAUUGUAGAGGUAACUUCAAAGGAAGAACCUUUCAGUGAAAAUGAUUAUGGAAGAAGAAAAAAUCACGAAAGAAGAAAAGGAACCUCUCAAGAGGGAAAACCACUGAUAAAGGAAGAGAAGCCCUCAAAGGAAGAUAUUCCUGCAUUAAGGGAAGUAACCGAAGAAAUGCCGAAAAAAGACAUUACUUUGGACGAGAAAGUGUCAAAGGAUAUCCUAAAGAAAGAUACAGUAAUCAAAGACAUUACAGAGGAAACCUUAAAGAGGGAAGAAAUGUUUGAUGUCACAAAGGAAGUAAAGGUUGCUAAGGAGGAGGUAACAACUGAAACGGUUACUGAAGACGUCAUUAUUGUUAAAGGGGAAAUUGCAAAGGCGACGGAGAAAACUAUAUCUGAAUUCACCACAGUGGCAAGUGAAGAAGAGGGGAGAAUGCGAGGUGUGAAACGAGACCUCUCCCCAACAGAAAGUGUUGAGAGUAGCAUUAGUAGUGAUAUCAGUGGUAAGCCUCCCCCUGGUGAUGGUGUUUUACAAAUUGAAGAACAGAUUAUUAGCGACAAGAUUUCAAUAUCUUCAGUAAGUGAAAUCAGUGAGAAGGGCAUAAAGUCUGAACCAGAUACAACUGAAAAGUCAGAUAUUUUAGCGCCAAUGUCUCCUACAAGUGAUGUAUCUGUUAGUGUCAAGAGCGACAUUCUUUCUAAAGACAUUUUAGGAAAAGACAUUCCAAAAGAUAUUUCAGAAGAAUACAUGGAAAAAGCUCCUGUAUCCCCAACAAGUGACGUAUCGAUCAGCACAAAGAGUGACCCCUUCAAAGAAGAAUAUAUGGAAAGGGUAACAAAGAUAAGUGACACUUCAAGUGUAAAGAGUGACAUAAGUGACAAGGAAAUUACAGGUCUAAAACUUUCAGUUGAUGUUACCAAAAAGCCAACUGAUGAAUCCCUAGCGUCCCUGUCGCCCAAGAGCGACAUCUCAGUUAGUGCAAAGAGCGAUACUAGUGCUAAAGUUCCUGAAGAAUCAACCACCGCCGAAUUGGACGGCAAAGAUGAAGCCCCUGAAUCACCUAGGAGUGACAUUUCAGUUAGUGUCAAGGAUGAAAUUGCAAUGGAUAUUGAAAAAGUAAGUGAAAUGACAACAAUUAUUACAAAAGAAACAGCGACUGCACCGGCAGAAAAAGCCACUGAAAAAGUUCCUAUUUCUCCUACAAGUGAUAUUUCAAUCAGUGCAGCUAGUGAUAUUAGUGCCAGAGAACUUAAGAGUGACUUAACCUCUAAAAAAGAGGAUAUCAUGAAAAUAGACGUGACAAGCAAACCUACUGUUGAACCUUCUAUUUCCCCUGUUAGUGCUAAGAGUGAUGUUAGUUCUAGGAAAGAAGACAUAUUUGGCAUUGAUGUGUCUAAGAAACCAACAGAAGAGGCACCUAUUUCUCCCAAGAGUGACAUCUCUGUUAGUGCUAAGAGUGAUGUUAGUUCUAAGAAAGAAGAUAUAUUUGGUAUUGAUGUAUCAAAGAAACCAACAGAAGAGGCACCUAUUUCUCCCAAGAGUGACAUCUCUGUUAGUGCUAAGAGUGAUGUUAGUUCUAAGAAAGAAGACAUAUUUGGUAUUGAUGUAUCAAAGAAACCAACAGAAGAGGCACCUAUUUCUCCCAAGAGUGACAUCAGUGUUAGUGCUAAGAGUGAUGUUAGUUCUAAGAAAGAAGAUAUUCUAGACAUUGAUGUAUCAAAGAAACCAACAGAAGAGGCACCUAUUUCUCCCAAGAGUGACAUCUCUGUUAGUGCUAAGAGUGAUGUUAGUUCUAAAAAGGAAGAUAUUCUAGACAUUGAUGUAUCAAAGAAACCAACAGAAGAAGCACCUAUUUCUCCCAAGAGUGACAUCAGUGUUAGUGCUAAGAGUGACAUAUUUGGUAUUGAUGUAUCUAAGAAACCAACAGAAGAAGCACCUAUUUCUCCCAAGAGUGACAUCUCUGUUAGUGCUAAGAGUGAUGUUAGUUCUAAGAAAGAAGACAUAUUUGGUAUUGAUGUAUCAAAGAAACCAACAGAAGAGGCACCUAUUUCUCCUAAGAGUGACAUCUCUGUUAGUGCUAAGAGUGAUGUUAGUUCUAAAAAGGAUGACAUAUUUGGUAUUGAUGUAUCUAAGAAACCAACAGAAGAGGCACCUAUUUCUCCCAAGAGUGACAUCUCUGUUAGUGCUAAGAGUGAUGUUAGUUCUAAGAAAGAAGACAUAUUUGGUAUUGAUGUAUCUAAGAAACCAACAGAAGAGGCACCUAUUUCUCCCAAGAGUGACAUCUCUGUUAGUGCUAAGAGUGAUGUUAGUUCUAAAAAAGAAGACAUAUUUGGUAUUGAUGUAUCAAAGAAACCAACAGAAGAGGCACCUAUUUCUCCCAAGAGUGACAUCUCUGUUAGUGCUAAGAGUGAUGUUAGUUCUAAAAAGGAAGAUAUUGUAGACAUUGAUGUAUCUAAGAAACCAACAGAAGAAGCACCUAUUUCUCCCAAGAGUGACAUCUCUGUUAGUGCUAAGAGUGAUGUUAGUUCUAAGAAAGAAGAUAUAUUUGGUAUUGAUGUAUCAAAGAAACCAACAGAAGAGGCACCUAUUUCUCCCAAGAGUGACAUCAGUGUUAGUGCUAAGAGUGAUGUUAGUUCUAAAAAAGAAGACAUAUUUGGUAUUGAUGUAUCAAAGAAACCAACAGAAGAGGCACCUAUUUCUCCCAAGAGUGACAUCUCUGUUAGUGCUAAGAGUGAUGUUAGUUCUAAAAAAGAAGAUAUUCUAGACAUUGAUGUAUCUAAGAAACCAUCAGAAGAGGCCCCUAUUUCUCCCAAGAGUGACAUCUCUGUUAGUGCUAAGAGUGAUGUUAGUUCUAAGAAAGAAGACAUAUUUGGUAUUGAUGUAUCAAAGAAACCAACAGAAGAAGCACCUAUUUCUCCCAAGAGUGACAUCAGUGUUAGUGCUAAGAGUGAUGAAGAUAUUCUAGAUAUCGAUGUAUCUAAGAAACCAACAGAAGAAGCACCUAUUUCUCCCAAGAGUGACAUCUCUGUUAGUGCUAAGAGUGAUGUUAGUUCGAAAAAGGAAUACACUGUAAGUAUUGAUUUUAGUUCCAAGAAAGAAGUAUUAGAUAUUGAUGUAUCUAAGAAAACAACUGAAGCCUUACAUUCUCCAAAAAGUGACAUUUCUGUUAGCACUAAGAGUGAUAUAUCUAGAAAGGAAGAUGCACUGGAUAUUGAUGUCAUGAAGAAAUCAUUUGAUGAAACUGCAAGUCUUAAGAGUGACAUAAGUUCUAAGAAAGAAGAUAUACAUGAUGUUACCACAAAGCCAAAGGAUGAAGCUCCAAUUUCACCAAAGAGCGAUGUUUCCAUCAGUGCUAAGAGUGAUUUCAGCUCUUCAAGUGCAAAGGAAGAAGUAGGUCUUUUGAUGAUUGAUACUACUAAAAGGCCUCCUGAUGCUGCACCAGAAUCUCCAAAGAGUGACAUAUCUGUGAGUGAGAAGAGUGAUACUAGUUCUAAAGCUGGUAAAGAGAGCAUUACAAAGAGUAUCACAGAAGAUAUGCCACUGUCGUCAAAGAGUGACCUUUCUGUCAGUGCAAAAAGUGAUACAAGUUCUAUGGCUGGGAAAUUAGAACCUUUGACAGUUGAAGUUUCAAAGUUAUCUACUGAACAGAAAUUAUUGUCUAGUGAUAAAUCAGAAAGUCUUAAGAGUGAUAGGAGCUUUAAGGGUGAGCCAAAGAAAGGUGAAACUCCAGUUUCUCCAAAAAGUGACACCUCACUUAGUGCUAAAAGUGAUGUUAGCUCUAAGGAUGUUUCCAAGAAGUCAACUGACAAAGUGCCACUUUCUCCAACGAGCGAUGCUAGUCUUAAGAGUGACAGCGAUAAAUCUGGCAUGCUCACUAUAAAAGAAAAAGUUAAAUCAGCAGAAAUGCCUUCAGAAAGUGUCAAAGUGACACAGCCUUAUUUAGAUUCAGGUGUAAGUGAAGAGCCAGUAUAUGCUAUGCUAAAAGCGACGGAGGAUAUUACUGAUGCAAUGGCUACAUCUGUGCAUGGAGGUUUUGACAUUAUGACUUCCUCUAUGUAUGAGCCCAAAUCUACUGUGGCCUUAACCAAAACUGACAAGCCUGGAGACAUGAUGUCAGCUUCAAUGUAUGGCACCCUUGCGGGAGAUGACCUUCAGAAGUCCACAGAUGAAACUCUCCCAAGUGUCUCACGCAAUAUUUCAUCCAUAUCAGACAUUGUGCGACGAGAACAAAAACAUCCUGUGACUGAAAAGUCAAUGAUGGAGACCAGCAUGGUUGUGAUGGAUAGUGAACAGACAUCUGUUGUAGAGAAGCAUGUAGGCCUACAAGAAACUUUAGCUUCAGCAAAAACAAUGCUCAUAAGUGAAGUUUCAACUACAGAUAAAUUCCAAAAGGUUUCUGAAUCUGUUUCUGAAAGCACAAAGAGUGAUAGCACUACAGUAUUUUCGACUGUCCACAGGUCGACUACCGAGACCAAAACAGGCAUGGAAGAUGAAACAUCUGUUAGUUAUAAGGGAGAAGCAACAUACUCAGAAACUCAAGAAGCCAUAAUGGUAUCUCCAAAGAGUGAUGCUUCUGAUCCUCUCCGGGGGAAACCUAAAGUAACAACAGGAUCAUCUGAAAGUGACAUAUCUGAAGGCAUAUUUAAAGAAGAAAUCAGUGAGACAGUUAAAUCAUUUACAGAGGCGUUUGGAGUCAGUGAAGUGGUUCAGGGAAUCAAAACAGCUGUGACCACAAGUAAGACUUCCUUCCAAGAUUUCAAGGAACCUGCUUCUCCACCUCCUUCACCAGUAAAAUCCAUAGGUAAACCUGAUUUCCCUGUUUCGUCAAGCACAUCUUCCCUCCAAGAAAGUGAAUCUUCAGUUUUUGGUAAAACUGAAUCAGUUACCAAAGAUGAAAUCAAGAGUAGAGAUACAACCUUUACUUCAGCUGUAACAGCAGAAGAAUCUUCUACAACCAGUUCACUCACACGAACAUUCAUAUCAUCCGUACAUGACUCAUCUAUAUCAACCUCUACCACUACAACAUCAGCAUCUAAACUUGCAUUUACUGUUGCUGAUGACAAAAAACUAUCUGAUCUUCCUGUAUCUAAGCCAGUCAAAGGAGAUGACAGAAGACCAUCAUCUGAUAAGCGACUCAUAUUAAGGGAUAUCGGAAAUUUAGUACACCAGCCACUUUAUGAAAAAAACACACUGGGGGACUACUGCCAAAGGAAUUCAAAAAAGUACUUCACAAUAAAAGGGGCCCAAAAAACUGAUACUGAAGCAAUUAUUACGCAAAGCAUAGUUAGUGAUGAACCUGUUUCUGAAACUGUUUCCACAAAGACAAUAAUAAGACAAACGAUUGUCAGUGGUGAACCUACAGAAACCGUAGAAACUACUGAUGAGCCUUCAGAGACAGAAUCCAUGACAAAAAGAGUUGUUAGAACUAUUGUUCCAGAAGAACCAGAUUCUGACACAGUAACUACAAAGAAAAUCAUAAAAACUCUUGUUGGUAAAGAUGAACCAAGUGAAACGGAGGAGAUACAUGAUGAACCAAUUGAUUCCAAGACUGUAACAACAAGGAAAAUUAUAAAAGACUAUCACAGUGAAGGGAACAGUUUAAGGAAACCUUUCAUGGGUGGUGAACCAGUUGAAACUGUAGAGACUGUAGAACCUUCAGAAUCUGAAUCUAUUACUAGAACCACUGUAAAGCGAACCAUCAUUAGUGGAAGUGAGCCUUCCGAAACAGUGGAGACUUUCGAAGAACCAUCAGAAUCAGGGGUUGAACCAGUUGAAACUGUAGAGACUGUAGAAGAACCUUCAGAAUCUGAAUCUGUUACCAGAACCACUGUAAAGCGAACCAUCAUCAGUGGAAGUGAACCUUCCGAAACAGUGGAGACUUUCGAAGAACCAUCAGAAUCAGGUACUGUUACUAAGAGAACUAUUAUCAGGAGAACCAUUGUUAGCGGUGGUGAACCAGUUGAAACUGGAGACCGAAAACCCCACAAAAACGGGUACGUUACUAAGAAACUUUUAUCAAAACCCAUUGUCAGCGGUGGUGAACCAGUUGAAACUGUAGAGACCGUAGAAGAACCUUCAGAAUCUGAAUCUGUUACCAGAACCACUGUAAAGCGAACCUCAUCGGGGAAAAUAAACCCUUUCCCAAAACAAACCACCAUAAAGCGUACCAUCAUCAGUGGAAGUGAACCCUCUGAGACAGUUGAGACUGUGGAAGAACCAUCAGAAUCACUGGAGGUGAACCCCACUGAGACUGUUGAAACAGUAGGAGCAGAUUCUGGGACAGUAACAAAGACAUUUAUUAAACGAACCAUCGUCACUGGAAGUGAACCUACAGAGACAGUAGAAACUACCCAGGAACCUUUAGAUUCUGCAGCUGCAUCACGUACAGUUGUGAGAAAAACAACUAUUACAAGUGGUGAUGAAAAGACAGAGACUACAGAAACAGUGCAGAGACCCACUGGCGAUAAUUUUGAAAUGAAAUCCGAAUCAACGAAAUCUAUAUCAGAAACGAGUGAAAGUAAGAAGACUGUCAGUUCAGAAGAAUCUGUGAAAACAACUUCAUCUAGCACACACAGGGGGUGCCCCGGGGUACCCCAAAGGACUGGACGUGUAGUAGUAAGGAAAGUCACAACAGUGAUCACAAAAUACUAUGAAGACGGGGAAGAAGUUCAGACAGAGGAAAUGCCUGGUGGAGAAGUUGUUGAAGUUCUUGGUGAUCAACAAAUUUCAGAAGACAUUAUGCGUAAAAUUUCAGGUUCCUCAUCACCAUCUCCAAUUACCCGCAGGAAACAUUCCAGUGGAGUACCUGGAUCAUCAAUGACCUACACCACUUCACACUCACUUUCUGAUACUGAUGCCUCUGAGGGUGUGAUGGCUAGCACUGUCACCACAGUCACUCGACGAAUGAUGGGUGAUGACGUAUCUGACAAAGAAACGCCCCAACUGCUCAUGAUGCAAGUAGUGAAGGCUUUUUUGAUCACUCAAAAAACACGGCUGAGGAAAAGUGCAGUUUUAAAGGUUUCUACUUCGCACCCCUACACAUAUACUACACACUACGGUGCUACAGGUUUGCAGUAUCAAGAGGAGUAUGAUGAUGAGCCUGUGUAUGAGUACCAUCCUCCUUCUGGAGCCCACAUGGAUCAGUUUAUGUUUGGUGAGCAAGCUGGAGACUAUGAUAAUGGAAAUCUUCCAUCUCGAGCUAUGGAGCCAUCUAUGACCGACAGUGAGGAUAAGCUUAACAGAAACCAGACAGUGAUGCAGCACGAGAUGCCAAAAGACACCCUGCAGAAGUGGGGUAAGCCUCUAGGCCUGCCAUCACCAGUGCCUGCACCAGCACCACUUCAGCCCUCAGAUAACCCAAGUACACACACCCCACGCAGAGAGCGCAAAACAAGCAGGAAGUCGAAGAGGACAGUUGCACCAGUUUAUCUGGACUUGGCGUAUGUGCCUCAUGCUGCUAACCCUAAUUACUCCAAUGUUGAUUUUCCCUUUGGAAGUAGAGGAUUUACGUCUUCUAGGAUCCCCGGCAGGGAGGUGCUUGAUGCCCUCCUCCAGGCCAAGAUGGAAUGGGAAGAUAAAGAAUUGGGUAAGUUUUGCAUAGUUCAUUCAAGAAAUUUCUUAAUCUUUGCAUUAGGUAAAGACUUUCCCCCCAUGCACGACGCUCUGGGCCUGGGGGCCCCAAGAAACGCACUCAUCGCCAACAAAAUUGACCUCGCCCCAUCAGCUUCACGUUGUACUAUCAACUUGCAAGAUCAUGAGACGAGCUGCAACGCCUAUCGUCUUGAGUUCUGAGCAACUUAGACACCCCCCUUCCCUGUGUUCACCCCCGAUACUUCUGCCUGACUUGUGCUUUGGGGUGUUGUGCUCUGGGCAUUCAACAACCCCUUCCCCGCUGCCUUCCACAAGAAUUUGAACUCUUACUAAACCGUCUGUGUCCUCAAAUCCUAGUGAUUAGUGCUGACUAGGCCAUCCACAGUAUUUUCGUUGAAUGACCUUUUCACACAAGUGUGAAAUCAAGUUUUUUGUUCUACAAAGUGUAGUACCUUUGUCCUUCGAGACAGAUGUCAUAACAAGGUUCGUGAUAAUGAAUUUUGAUUUAUUGGAAAAAAGGACGGUAUUUCACUGAUUUAACAAAAAAAGAAAGACU